AUGGGUUUCGAUAUUGAAAAUAACUCUACUGCCACCCCAGCUACUACUAUCCCAAAUACCACUAUUUUAGUAAGACCACAACAACCAAUUGGCCCAAGAGACACUUUAUUUAGAUACAAACUUGCAAAAGAGUAUAGUUGGACGGGUAAAUUUAUCCAAUUCAAAACUACAUUUUCAAACUAUCCACUUGAACUAAACAAUUACUUACCAGUUCAAGAAAUGAGUAAUUUAAUUUGCAAAGCUAAUGGAUUAAUUGAAAAGGAAAGGUAUAGAAGAAUAAUGACUUUAAUCGUGUUCCUUAUUGGUUAUUUGCUUUUCAGUGCACCAUUAAUUUAUGCUGCCUAUAGUGGUAUAACCACCUUAGUCAUUGCAAUACCAAUUGUAGUCAUAUCGUUCAUGGUUUUCGCUCUUACAAUCUUAAUAAUUCUUGAUAAAAAGAAAAUUAAAAAAUUAGAUGAAGAAUUAUUAGAUAUUGAAACAAGAAAUAAAUAUAGAGGUAUUAUUAUUUCAUUCAAAAGAAAGAAUGUACCAUUCAGUAGAGCAUUGGAUUUUAAAGCUACUGUAUAUUAUCCAGGCUAUAACACAUUACAAACAGCUCCACAAAUGUAUAAUCCAUCCACCUCUAUCAACCAUAAUUCCACACCAUCCUACAUCCCAUCCCCAUAUUACCAAACUCCAAAAACCCAAGAAUCCACACCUUUAUUAAAACAAUAA